GACCUGGUGAACGGUUAUCGGUGUGAGUGCGCUCCGGGUUUCGGCGGCGAACACUGUGAGAAAGACGUGGACGAGUGCGCCAGCGGGCCGUGUCUCAACGGAGGACGCUGCCACGACGAAGUGAACGGCUUUCGCUGCCUGUGUCCGCCCGGCUUCUCCGGAGGUCGCUGUCAGCUGGACGUGGAUUACUGCCUCCACAGUCCGUGUCUCAACGGCGGACGCUGCUUCAACCUGGCGUCCGACUACGUCUGUGAAUGUCCCGAAGACUUCGAGGGAAAGAACUGCUCGCGGCUGAAGGACCACUGCCGCAGCUCGCCCUGCAAAGUGAUUGACAGCUGCACUGUGGCGGUGGCGUCCAACAGCACGCCGAGCGGGGUGCGUUUGAUUUCGUCCAACGUGUGCGGCCCCCACGGGCGGUGUCGCAGCCUCGCCGGCGGACAGUUCAGCUGCGAGUGUGAGGACGGGUUCACCGGGACGUACUGCCACGAGAAUAUCAACGACUGUGAGAGCGCCCCCUGUCUCAACGCAGGAACCUGCAUCGAUAAAGUCUCUCACUAUCUCUGCGUCUGUGUCCACGGCUGGGACGGACACAACUGCCACCACAACGUGGACGACUGCAGCUCGUCUCCGUGUCAGAACGGCGGCGUCUGUCGAGAUCUGGUCAACGAUUUCUCCUGCGAGUGUCGAGACGGCUGGAAGGGGAAGACGUGCGGCUCCAGAGACAAUCAGUGCGACGAGGCGACCUGUAACAACGGAGGAAGCUGCUACGACGAAGGCGACGCCUUCAAGUGUGUGUGUGCCGCCGGCUGGGAGGGCGCCACCUGCACCAUCGCGAAGAACAGCAGCUGUCUGCCGAGUCCCUGCCAGAACGGAGGGACGUGUUUGGUGGACGGAGACUCUUUCCGCUGCGUCUGCAAGGACGGCUGGGAGGGCGCCACCUGCAGCCACA